CACAAACAACCCUAACCGGACCAACCGUAAUAUCUUUUUUCUUUCUUUGUGUGCUCUGCUCUUUCAUUCUUCAGAGUUUUGCUCUUGUUUCUCUCUCUAACAUUACUGGUGUGGUCGAGCGCAGUUUUGGUGCAAUGGAAGUGGGGAGUCUCAGCUCUGCUGUGGUGGCUUUGGAAAAGAUGAUGGUAUGCUGUGCCAUGGAAGCUGUGGUUGUGGAGACCCUUGUGGCUGCUGGGAGAUCUCUUGCUUCCAUUCUCAUGAUGUCAGGAUCAUUGAUGAAUGUUGUAAAUGCUUCUCCUCAAUUAGUAGGGAUGGAUGAAAGGUUUCCUUUUGAUGAGCUUCACAGAAGGAAGCAGCCUGACACCAAAAACACAGAUGGUAGUGAAACUGAGGAUGAUGAAGACGAUGAUGAUGAAGAUGAUGCAGAUGACCCUGAAGAUGAUGCAGGUGAUGAAGAUUUCUCGGGUGAAGAAGGAGAGGAUGAUGAAGGGGAUCCUGAGGAUGAUCCUGCUGCCAAUGGUGAUGGGGGUAGCGAUGAUGAGGAUGACGAUGAUGAUGAUGGUGAUGAGGAUGAUGAGGACGAUGGAGGAGAGGAAGAAGACGAGGAAGAUGAGGAUGAAGAGAUUCAACAGCCACCUGCUAAGAAGAGGAAAUGAGAUUACUGGUAGGUUUCUUUUUUUUUUUUUAGCUUUGUUUUGUUUCCAUUUUGGGGUAGGGAGGGUGGGAGGGUUCAGCUUGUCUAUCUUCAUAGCUUAGGAAAUUUACCAUCCUUGUCCUGAAUGAACCUAUUUUGUGGUAUUUGUCCUGUCACAGAUUAUUAUUAUUAUAUGUAUUAUUCGACUUGAUGAAUGAAUCAUCAUUCUUGUUAAAGUGGGGGGUGUGGAUUUUCAUAGGUCUUUUAAAGUGGAGGAUAAUUCUGACUA